AUGCAGAACGCAACAGACACCACGCCACCAUCAGGUGUGGUGGAAUUGCGCGAAGAUAUCCCACUAAAAGCGGGUGCCAGUAGCGGUGGCAGCUGCGGCACGCCACGCCUCAUCGCUGGAUGCUUCGCGGCUCUGUCCGCGGCUGUGACUAUAGCCCUGCUCACGCAGAUAUAUUAUGGCGACUACCAGGUGGUGCCCCACGGCUCCGUGUCAAGCGCAGCAGAGGCUUGCUCUUCAGCCGGCACGGGUGCUCUCAAAGCCGGCGGACGAGCGAUGGACGCCGCUGCUGCCGCUGCAUUAUGCCUAGCGUUGCUCGCGCCACACCGCACUAGCAUUGACGCGAGCGGAAGCCUCCUCUACUGGGAGUACCGCAACCGCACCGCGCGCGAUGAAGGCCCCACGCUCAUGGAGUGGGGAGGACCGAACCAGGGGGGCGUGCCGCGGCUACUGGCAGCGCUGGCGCAGCUGCAUGCGCGGUAUGGUGCGUUGCCUUGGAGCCAAGUGCUGCAGCCAGCUAUCGACCUCGCCAGGUAA